AAGCAUCAAAUCCUUCACGUCUCCUUUCUUCUUCUCUGGCUUCAGAUUCUUCCCAAUUUUUCCAGCCUCUGAAAUCAUCCUUCUCACUGUUCUCCAGAUCCCUCCUUCAUUCUCUUCUGGUAAUUUCUGCUUCCGACAAGACAUCACUCUCAUAGAUCUAACGCCGUGUCUGCUUGAGGCUUGUCUCUUUGUACGGUGAGAUGUUCUCAUCUUCUACACUCGUUUAUUCUCUAUCUCUCUUCCUCUCUCUUUCUCUUCUCUUCUUCCUCUUCAUCCUCUCACCACACAUCCUUCUCUCUUCCUCCAACCUCAUUUCCACCGCCGAUGACCUAGACGACCUCUCUCUCUUCCACCGCGCCGCCGUCUCCUCAUCCACCAACAACCGCCGUCUCAUCUCCCUCUCUCAAAAUCCUCCCCCGAAGAUCGCUUUCCUCUUCCUAACAAACUCCGAUCUAACCUUCUUACCUCUCUGGGAAAGCUUCUUCCAAGGUCAUCAAGAUCUCUACAACGUUUACAUCCACGCAGAUCCAACCUCCUCUGUCUCUCCUCUUCUCGAUUCGUCGUCAAUCAACGCUAAAUUCAUCCCGGCGAAAAGAACCGCACGAGCUUCUCCGACGCUAAUCUCCGCCGAACGACGAUUACUAGCAAACGCAAUCCUCGACGAUCCUAACAAUCUCUAUUUCGCUUUAAUCUCACAACACUGUAUCCCUCUCCAUUCCUUCUCUUACAUCCACAACCACCUCUUCUCCACCAACUCCGAUCAUCACAAAAGCUUCAUCGAGAUCCUCUCCGAUGAACCUUUUCUUCCGAAACGAUACGACGCAAGAGGCGAAGACGCGAUGCUUCCUGAGAUCCGGUACCAAGACUUUCGUGUCGGAUCUCAGUUCUUCGUUUUAGCGAAACGUCAUGCUUUAAUGGUGAUCAAAGAGAGAAAACUAUGGAGGAAAUUCAAAUUACCAUGCCUUGAUGUUGAAUCUUGUUACCCUGAAGAACAUUAUUUUCCGACUUUGUUAUCUCUUGAGGAUCCUAAAGGAUGUAGUCACUUCACACUCACACGUGUUAAUUGGACCGGUAGUGUUGGUGGUCAUCCUCACACGUACGAUGCCUCUGAGGUCUCGCCGCAGCUAAUUCACUCGCUGAGGAGAUCUAAUUCAAGUUUAGACUAUUUCUUCGCCAGAAAAUUCACGCCGGAGUCAUUGCAACCGCUUAUGGAGAUUGCAGAUGCUGUGAUCUUUAGGGAUUGAAUUGGUGAAAGUAAAUUAGGUUUCAGGUAUCAUCAUCAGGAAGGUUUAGGAAGAAGUUUGUGUUGGCGCUCGAAGAAGAGUGGCAAAUAAAAGAUGGAACUCUGUGUGUGUUUGUUUUCAAUGACCCUUAUAAAUGUGAAAGGGUUGUGUGAAAAUUGCUGUGUUUUUUUAAGCUUUUGUGUGUCUUUUAGGGAAGGUUAGAUGGAUGUAAAAAAAUGUAAAUAGAGAGCCCCAAAGGCAAAGUGAGAGCAUCAUCAUUAAGAUAAGCCAAAUCGGCUUUCUUUUGUAUUUCAGCUCCUUUCCACGGGAGAGAGAGGGAAUGGCAAAAGGUUAUUCCCUCUCUUUUGUUUCGAUUAAGUGUGAAUGAAAAAAUCUUUGGUAU